AUGAUAAAAGAAAAUGAUGAACAAAUUAAAAUUAUGACUAAUUUUUUGUAGAGCAAACUUUUCAUCUAAAAUAUAAAAGGAGAUUUGUAAAAGAAUUAGAAAAAAAUAUCAUCUUUGAAUGUUUAAAUAAAAUACUUUUAAUUAUUUAAUGAAGAUUAAGAAGUAAUUUAAGAAUUUAAUUGUAGUUAGUUAGAAUAUCUAAUAAUGCCUAUAGUUGCGUGAAUAAGGCAUUGAAAUUUAUUUUAAGAGAGCGUGUUUAAAGUGAAUCUUUGAAGCAAUUUUGGAAAUAGUUGUCAAAUAUAAAUUAUAAUCUGAAUUCCAACACAUACUAUUAUGAAAAUUUAUAGAAUAUUGAGCAUUUCCCAUCUUAUUUUAAAGAGAUUAUAAAAAAGGAUGUUGUAAGAACAACUUAGGAUAAAGAAUAAUAAAUCAAAUUGAGCAAUGUGUUAAAUGCAUAUAGUGUUCGUAAUGCAUAGAUUGGAUAUUGUUAAGGAUUUAAUUAUAUAGCUUAUUAUUUUCUUCAGCAUUUCAAUGAAGAGGUUUAAAUUUGAUCUUAUUUAAGGAAACCUUCUGGUUUUUAUGUUUUUUAUUUGAGACAAUCUUACCACCGAAUUAUUAUAAUCAUUUAUAUGGAGUUUAAUGUGAUGAUUAUAUUAUUAAAGAUCUUCUAUAAUUCUUGAAACCUUAAUUAAUUAGCCAUAUGCAAAAAUUGUAAGUUGAAACAAGUUUAUUUACAAUUUAAUGGUUAGUUUGCUGUUUUACAUUUCAUAAUCUAUUGAGUGAAACAAUAAUAGAUUUAUUGUUACUUGAUGGAUCUAAAGCUUUAAUUAAAUGUGUUCUCACAUAUAUUAAUUUUCUAGAGCCAAUCUUACUUAAAUGUGAGGAUAUUGGUUCAUUUAUAAUGUCAUUUGAAAAUUUUGUAUAACAAUAUGAAGAUAGAGGAUAAUUUGUUAAAGAAUACAAUAGAAUUUAUAUUAAUAAUAAAAUACUGGAAUUUGUUAGAUAAGAUUAUUCUAAAAAAAUAGUUUCAAUGAUUUAAUAAAGAAGCAAUAAAAGUGCUUAAUAGUUGGAUACUUAUAUUUAAGAUAUUAAGAAAAAGUAAUGUAAUAUAUAAUCUCCUAUAUGUUAAUAUAUUGUGGAAACUUGGAGUAGGAAUAAAAAACAUUUUGAUUUUAUUAUUAUUAAAGAACAAGAUAUAAAAAUUAUCUAAGAUUAUGAAUAAACGAAAAAUAGGAAAUCGCUAUUAGAUGCUAAUGAUUAAAUGAUAUUAAGAUAAGAUCAUAUAUGUUAAUUAAAAGAUGAUAGUCUUUUAAUAAGAGAGAUCUAGUACUCUGAUAUACAAUAUAUUGAAUUAGUGAAUAUAAAAUAAAUUCAGAAAACAAAUUAAGUGAGUAAGAGGGCUCGUAGUCCAAUAAAAGAAAUUCUUCUAUUUCCAUUAAAAGCUUUUAAUUAGAAAGAGUAGGAAUAGAAAUUAAAAAUGAAUCCUUAAAAAUACAAAAUAGAAACCCGUCAAUUCUAAAGAUAUGUAAAAAGUGUUCAAUCUUAGCCAUCACCUAAUUCUUCAUAACAUAAUCGAGCCAGAUCUCCUUAAUAUAGAAGAUCUUAUCAACCUAAAGAUAUGAGUAAUUCAUAGCAUGCAGAAUCUACAUAGAGAACAUAUAAUGAUGAACCACCAAUUAUUAGAGAAUCAAUAACAAUAUAAUUUUUAACAGAAUUAUCCAAAAAUAAUGGAUUAAUUAAUCUAGAAUUUGAAUAUUAAUGA